AUGGUGCGCAAGAUGGAUGAGCGUUUAAUGGCCGACAAAGAUUGCAAAAUGGCGGAGAUGCACGAUUGGGUCGCAUUGGGAAUCUCAGAGCUCUCACCGGUUAUGAAUGAGUGUAUUUACUUCUUUCGCUAUGCGAAAGAUGAGGACACGAGGAUUCCCGAUACAUUCCGCAAACAAUUGGUCAGCUUAUUUCGCGCGCUCGACUGUCCUUUGGGCAAUUAUAACUCAACUCAACCUCGUAUUUACGUGUCAGGACAGGGACGUGGGAAAUAUUCCAAUGCAGACAUAGUAAUAUGGCCGUGA